ACAUCUGGAUAGUCUACCACUAAUAAUUAUUAUCAUUAGUUUGCUUAACAAAUUACAAAAUAGUUAAAUGGAGCUGAGAGGUUAUGUUCAAUCCUUUGAAACUGGUCAGUUGGGAGGUGCGAGCAUCGUGUCAACAUUGCACUGGACCCCGAAAAACAAGGAAAGAAAAAUUGAUGAAACAUCGGACAAACACUACGCAGAACUCUGGAUCGGGACCAAUCCUAACGGAGAAGCUAUUCUGCGAAAAACAAAGGAAAAAUUAUCGAAAAUCAUUACACAGCACCCGCACAUCUUAGGAAUAAGCAGUUACCUAUUCGAAGACAAGUUGCCAUUUUUGUUAAAAGUGUUAUCGAUUGCAAGGCCAAAGUCGAUGAUGAUGCAUCCGAAUGAACGCUUGGCGUCGAUAUUACACAACGACAAUCCUUCAGAAUACCCUGAUCCCAUGCAUAAACCAGUGAUGGUCGUCGCUUUGUCCGACUUCGAGGUCAUGGCAGGAUUUAGGCCGAAAAAUGAAAUAAUGUACUUCCUAAAAAAUAUUCCGGAAUUGAAAGAACUUAUUGAACCAAAACUCCUGGAAGAUUAUUUUAGAACAAAGAAAUCAUAUUACCUCAGAAAAAUUGUCGAGUAUUAUAUGAACACUGAGGAGGAUAAAUUGACAGAAGUGAUCAAUAAAUAUUUUAGCAGAAUGGAAACAGAAGAUUAUAUCACACGAGAAGAUCAUAUCUUAGGACUAGUUGAAAAAAUACAUAAAUUAUUUCCCUACGAUCUUGGGGUUUUUAUGAUAUUCUUUUUGAAUCAUUUUACUGUGGAAAAAGAUGAGGCUAUUUAUAUUCGACCGUUGGUUCCAUAUUCAUUUUUAUUCGGAGAUGCAAUUGAAUGUACUACGAAUUCCAACAAUAACAUACCUAUUACAUUUACCUCUGGAAACAAAGAGUUAUCAUUGUUUAUAGAGUACGGGGAUUUUACAUCUUUUGAGAUUAACCAGUUGAAAGUUGAACCUCGCUUUGAGCCAUACUUUACCAUUUAUGACUGCGAUGAGGAUGAAUAUGUCUUGUCUAAACUGAUAAUCCCUAAAGAUCAGUAUUACUCCAUCUGUGGAAGACGCACUCUUUGUAUUUUUAUUAUAAUAAAAGGAACAGCUUUAACACUUGAAUGGACUAAAAUUAAGGUCGGAACUAUAAUUCUGCUUCCUUCGAGUUAUACUUACCACAUGAGAACUAUCGAGGAAUUAACUAUUUUCAUGGUAGAACCAAAUCUUGUAAUAUAAAUGGAAGAAGAUUUAAAUUUCAUCAAUAAAUCACUUUUCCAUAGUGUUUUAUAAAUAUAUACAGUCAUAUACUAUACUUUAAGGGCAGUCCCAGACACUUUGUAAAGCAGGAUACCAUACUGAAUCGGAGUCCACUGAAUUGGAGUUUAUUACGAUUAUAAUUUAUUUAUUAUUACGAUUAUAAUUUGGGUAGAAUCUGUAGAAUAGACUUGGAAUAUUAUGAAAAACUAUGAAACAUACAGAUAUGUUAAUUAAUAAAAAAGUUAUUGUUAAAUUAUUUGUAACAGUUUGUUAAAGUGUCAAUAAUUUUUGACUUUACCCUAGCUAUAUGAAAUGAUGUUUAAGUGAUUCUUGAAACUGUAUGAAAAAAAUAUAUUAUAUAUAAUUACAAGAACAAUAAUACUUUUAGAGAUCAAUUUUUUUAAUAAUAUAAAUUAAUGGUUAUAUUUUCAAUUCAUUAAAUUAAAAAAAAAAAAACACAUUUUGAUCAUUCAAGGAUUAAGCUUAGAUCACUCAUAGUGACAAAUAUGGAUCAAUGAAAAAAAAAUUAUUUUUCCAGUUUUAAAUUUUGUUAAAAUCCGCUUGUUUCCACUCUUGCUUCUUUCUCGAUUCCUGAUAAUCCUCCUAGGCGUCUGAAAAGGAGAUGGCCUAGUGAUCUUCUUACUUAAAAUUAUUUAGAGAGUGCUACCACUGGGUAGUAACUCUUCAAGCCUGUACAUGCCAUUAUUUAUAUUUGCUCAUAUUUACUUGUUGUAUUUGUAUACAGUUAUAAAUUCCAUUAAAUAAACAAAAAAAAAAAAAAAAAUUGUUUGGGGUGAUUCAGCUCGAACCCCUCCCCUCUCGUAGAUACGUCACUAGUGGUUGUAUUAUUGCCUUGUUGGCCAAAUGACAUGUCUGUAUUUAUCUGUAGGUCCAUAAAAAAAUAAAAGAUUUUAUCAAAUGAUAUGAAAAAAUGAGCUGGUAUUAACACUAACUGAUCUGAUUGGAGGUGCAAAGAGUUGUGUAGAUUAAGCUUAGCGUUAGUGUGUUUUUGUAUUAUUGGUUUAAUUUUUUUGUAUUAUUAAUUCAUAUUUAUAGUUAUACUUGAUGUUUCUCUCUUUCAGUGUAAAUAAGUUUUAUUCUUUUUGUUUUAUGAAAAAUGAAAGAGCUAAAUAUCUUAUUCACAUAUUUAUUUGUUAUGACAUCCUUUCAAUCAUUCCCUUUUUAGGAGGCAGUUAAAAUUAUAGAAAAUGCAAGAACAUUUUAUUAUGAAAUAAAUUAGUCAUUAAAGUUUAUUUAUUUAAUUUGACAAAAGUUUUCCUAAGCUAUUCAUUGAAGGAAGUUAGUCGGCAGUUGUACAUAUCCUAGGUGAUAAAUAUUCAGGACACAGGCAUUUUAAAGGAUUUUAUUAUUGGAGUACUGAAGUUAUUCAAGUCAAUACUUGAAUACCUUCAGUGUUCGAAUGAUGAUGCCCUGAUGAUGAACCACAUGUUUGGGUUGAAACGUUGACACCAUUAAAAACCUUUAAUAUGACUGUGUCCUCAAUAUUUAUCACCCUAAAUUAUUCAUGAUUAUCUAUUUCGUUCGAGCUUGACCAUGUAGAAUCUCAUAGGCUUUUUUGAACUGAUUUUUUUUUUAGAAACCACUAGACCUAUUAUUGACCCAAUAUUUCUAUAAAAUAGCAUGAACUACUUUCUAAAAAGCCAAGAGUUCAAAAAUCUUAAUGUGAUACAAAAUUCCUUUCAAUAAUUAAUAUACAUUCAAAUUUCGAGCUUUUAUGAAAAAAUAACUGCAAAAAUUU